CGAUUUUGAGCCGAAAAGCGCCGUAAUCCCUCGCACCGCUGCCUCGCUCCAACGCAAACCACGCAAGGAAGAAGCCCCGUACGCGUCGCGGCUGCCCAAGCAUGGCUUCCCACCUCGACGGCCUCGAGAGCCGCUUCGAGCAAUCGAUAGCCGACAUCAUGGGCCAAAUGCACAAAGCCUUGAAGCCGCUGACGCAUCGAUCAUCGGUGAGUAGAGUGUCGCCGGCGGCGCGAGCUUUGUUCAUUGUCGGCCAGCCGAUCGACGUCACGCGCUCACCAAUGGACUUCCCUCAAGCUUUGACAAGGCUGAAGGACCGCAAGGCCUCUUGUAAGGAUGCCGAUAGUGUGUUAUUGCCGUUAGAUGUCCCGCCAAAGGGCCUGGACGCCCUCGUUAAUGGCCUCGCGCAGACCACCAAUUGCGACGGCCUCAUCGUCACAAGGCCUCAUAAAGAAUCAAUACUAAGAUCGUGCACGCAUCUAACGGCGGCGGCCCGAGCGGUAGGAUGCUGCAACGUCGUCCGCUUCCACAAGGGUGCGAUGAUUGGCACGAACAUGGACGGUGAUGGUUUUGUGGGCGGCUUGAUCCAACAGCGCGGCGCCAACGCCGUGCGCAAUCAAAGGUGCUUGUUGGUGGGGGCGGGCGGCGCCGCGCGCGCGGUUGCUUACGGACUCGUGCAGAACGGGGCGCGGUCGGUUUGUGUAGUGAACCGCACGAAGGCACGAGCUCAAGCGUUGGCGGCUCGUAUCCCCGGCGUCCGGGCGCUCGAUGCACUACCUUCUUCGCUGAACGACGUGGAUUUGCUGAUACAGUGCACGUCCCUAGGGCACAACGCGUCGGACCCGGACCCCGUGCCGCGCGACUUGCUGAGGCCUCCUUUGGUUUGUUGCGAGGUCGUCCACACGCCCGAGGAGACGGCCUUUUUAAGAGCGGCGCGGGAACGCGGUUGUGAUACACACGCGGGGACGCACAUGCUGAGCGCGCAGCUCGACGCGAUCUGCGAGUUCCUCGUGGCGCGGCCCGAGGACUGGCCCGACGCCUGGGCCUUUUCCUCUACCUCCCGUGUGGCGGAGGUGUCCUAACUUGGUUUUUGUCGU